GAAGUUGUUAAUGCAACGGAGCAUCUUUUCAGUCAUCAUUCUCGGGACACCAUUUUGAUCUAGAAACAAAAUAUAUGGAUGAUCAAGAGGAACCGCCUCCUCCCAAACGCCAACGCUUCAAACACCAUACCUUCAAUCAACUUGUCGAACGUAUCGGUGGAGACAGUGCGAAAUUCAGCAGAAAGCUUGUUCGUCGCCGGGAAGAUGGCGAGCUAUUCUUUACGGAAGCUCUGACUAAGUGGAAUGACCAAAGUUUUGCAGCUGAUUACACAUCGUUCGUCGAUAGUUUACCAAGUGACGAACUGAGCACUCACGCACAACUCCUACACCAUAGCAGAAGCAUAGCAGAGUCAUUGCUGAAAUGCUUGCAGGAUCCUGAAUGUAAAUCAGUGCCUGCAUUUUGCGAACUGCUGUCAGCUUUGGCGCUGGAUUUACGAGAAGAUUUCGGAGAUAUAAUGUGGAGUUUCUUUGGAGCUCUCACAAAUAUUCUCGAUUUCGGAGAGCGAGAUGUUGAAUCUGUAGAAGCUGCAUUCUAUUGCCUUUCACAUAUGGUCAGGGUUAUGUGGAGAACCUUGUUGAGGCAAUUCACUCGGUCAUUUGUGCGUUUUAUCCCAUUGUUUGGCAGUAGUCGCCCUUAUGUCAGACGAUUUGCGGCAGAGGCAUUCUCUUUUGUUAUGAGGAAAUCCUCUAAUCUUAAAAAGCUUUGCUGUCAAACCGUCGAACAAGCUUUCAAAGUUCGUGACGACCAUUUGACCGAUGGAUGCGCUGAGUUGUUCUUCCAUAUCUGCAAGGGUGUAGGAGGUGGUUUCCAUAGUGCUGCUAGUGAGCAAGUGGAGUGUAUAAUUUCUGCUGUAUUAUCACUAUCCGUUGGAGAAGUGCGCGAAUAUGGCGUCAUUGUUUUGGAAAAAGCUGUUGGACUGAUAGUUCAUCACGUGCAGAACAGUACAAGAGCAGAGCUUCUUUUUCUUGAAGAAAUUCUCAUUAGAUUUCUGGAAUCAUCAUCAUCCAUGCAACAACUGAUAUACUCUACAAAGCUUCUGCGACUCUGCUUCGUUCAAAGGAAACGUACAAAUCUUUUCACAUCCCGAAAGCGGUUGCUCUUAGCUAUUGAGAAAGCUAUCGCUUGUGAUUUUUUUGACCUAUGCUUCGAGUUCAUAGACUUUUAUCUUGAGUGCGUUGUACGUGUGUUCCAUGGAAGUGAAUGGGGCGAUGCAAUUGCUUCCAUAUGUUCUAACAUUUGUCAGAAACGGGGUGACCUUUCCGUCGCUUUUCAUCUGUUUGACAACAUCUUGGACUUGGUGUAUACGGAUAGAUGUAUUUUACCUGUUGUUGGGAAAUUCUCCGACCGUAUAAUCGCUGAGCAACACUCCUUGCUGCCAAGGUUGCUAAAACUGUACUCUUCGUUGUGCUUGAAGAGACGUCCCGUUCAAGCAGUUGUUGGCAGAGGACGAGUUUUGUUUCUUGAUUUACUUCAUCACAAAUCUAUACAGCAGUAUAUACUCGAACAACUUGGUCAUUUGAAUGAGUUGGGCAAGAUUGCCGCAGGACAUGUGCUUGCUGUAUGGCCUUGGAUCUCAGCAGAAAUAAGCAGCAUGGAUCAGGUCCUGAAAUAUACCCAGACCCUCCUAUCGGGUAGUGAUUUUUCGUUAGUGGCUUCCCAACUUCUCUAUAUUGCAAUCUCUUCACUCUAUCAAAUGGAUAAGAAACAACUGAAGAAUGUUGAUCUUUCUAUUUUGGAACAAUUUUUGAGGAAUACAGGAUGCAGCGAAUCUGCUCUACAAGCAUAUGGGGUUUACCUGGCUGCUGAGCCUAGUUGGAGGAAGAUGGUUAAUUUGAAUAGAGUCGUCAAUCUUCUCCACCCUUGUUUCUUCAAUCCCAAUUCAUCCGUAAGAUGUGCUGCCUUGGACAUCCUGUGCUGCCUCGAAAUUGAGGUCGAAGGCGUCCAAGACGAGAAAGACAAUGGCUCACAGGCCGUCAAGGAAAGCAUGUUUGAUAUUUUGCUAGCAGCUGAACGCUGCAAUAUAAUUGACUCUCGUGGCCGACUUCUUCAGUUCCGGAAGUUAAAUUUUGGUUUACACAAAAAACAUCUUCCUCGUGGAUCGGGGACUAAAUAUGACCAUAUCAUUCUGCGAGUGGGCCUUGCACAGUUUUUCGUGCAGUUCACAAAACUUUGGCCAGGCAUGUAUGAGCUGCUGGAAUCUUUCGCCCGUGGUAUGGAGAUCGACGCAUUUUGGACGAUCAUACUUGAAAUACUGGAACAGAUCAAUGAGGGGUGUCACAAGCGUGAGUGUUCCUCCGUUGAUAGCCCUUUUUUGGAAUGGUGUGAUGGUAACAAUAGAUAUGACUAUAACUCAGCACGGAUUCAGAUUUUCAAAUUCAUGAGCAAGAUCUCGGAUCUAGCACAGCGACGGACUAGAAUUCUAUCCCCAGUACUUCUCAAGAUUUAUGAAGAAGAUUAUCUCCCACUUGUUGUUGAAAACAUAAGAUCUUGCUGUCUAAGUGCUGCCCGUAUACAAGAAACUCCAAACAAAGAGCUUGAGGAAUUUCCGGACAAGAACACUGAACAAAAAAUCAACACUACCAAGGCCUUGUGCGCUCUACUUGAUGUCUUCUCGAAAUUCACUGAUGCUAAAUCAGUUUACCUAGAAGCGAAAGUGCGAGAGGUUUAUGAUCAGCUGUUGAUGAUUGGCAAUGACAUGGUGCAGAAGUCAGUCAUUGCUUGUAUAUUUUCAUACAAAGACAAGUCGCUGCUUCCAUACAAGGAGAACUUCGAACGUCUCCUUGAUGAGAAGUCUUUCCGUGAACAGCUUGUUUUGUUUUCUAUCAAUGAAGAGGAAGGAAAUAGUGUGAUCCACGAAGACCAUAGGUGUGCUGUGAUGCACAUUCUUUUGAGAUUACUAUAUGGUAAACUUUGGGGACAAACAAAACGGAACUUGUAUGAGUCUCGACGUGCAGCUAUUUUCCGUUACCUUGGUGGCUGCCGCCCUAAUGAAUUGUUGGAAUUCAUGCAAAUUCUUUUCGCACCUAUCCUCGAACUCAUUGGGUCCACAGAUUUGGAUUUCAAUAAGAUGGAAAGUCUAUGCGACAGCAAGGAAGCGCUGUUCAGGAUUGAUCUGGCCAAGUUGAACAGAUGCCUAGAGAGUGUGUCGAAUUUGCUUACACGAAUCGCACGUGUGAUUGUGGAUGAGCAGAGAACGAUGUUGGUUCAUCUUCUGCUGGCAACAGCUGUGGUCAUUAAGGCCGCCAUAGCACAUCCGGAUACUCCAAGUUAUUUAAUGAAGAAGUUACGUGAUUUGCGAAUGUCGCUUACGGAGAGAUUGGGAGAGUUUCUUGCGGCGUAUCCACAACGGCCAUUCACUGACGUCGAGUUGAAGGGGAUUCUCGCUUAUGUAAUUACACCCUACUUAACUGAUGCCAAAAAUAAUCUCGACGAACCAAUUGUUGUCGCUCCUCUAUCUGUGAUAAAAAUGCUGGCAGCGGCAUGCUCCUAUCCAUCCCACUAUCACAUAUUGGCACUACGCUACACAAGGAAUGAUCACACUGGAUCGUUGAUGGAGCUUCUUGUUGCUCCGUUAUGUUGGCCGGGAUUGACGCCUCACAUGCUGAAUACCAUACGCAGAGCUUUACUCAACCUUCUCACUCUUGCAGAUGAGAACAUGCACUACGCUGAUCUUGAUUACGAGGAAAUUCCGAUUAAGAAAGGGAGUAAUUAUGGCACCUCGCUCGUGGUUGCAUACAUUAAACCUAUAGUACAAUUCCUCGCAGAAGCAGUGGAAUCAUCUGUAAAGAAAUUCAAUCAAAGUAAUCUGGAACUGCUUAGCAAAGUGUCAAUCUACACACCUGAUGGAGCUUUGGCUAGAAAAAUGUCGUCCACAAUACUGGGACAUCUUGAAAGGAAGUUGCCGAAGGAAGCAGCUCUAAAGAAGCUCUUGGAUGUCCUUGGUAGUCUGAUGAAGAAUGUUGUGGGAACAGAGGAAUUUUUGACACGUAUGGGUCCACUAUUCUCGCGCGUAGGUGGUCGCGCAUGCCGCGAGUCUUUAGUGCGGAUGGUCGGGAAUUUCUGUUUGAAUUCGGAAGUUAAUGAAGAGCUACGACAGUUGCUCAAAAUAGUUUGUGAUUUGGAAAGUUUUGACCGCAGUCGAGUUGAUGAGCCGGAUCAUGACCGACGUCACUCUGCAUAUGCUCGGCUCAAUGACAUCUGGAACGCGGACGAAAUGAUCAAUGUGGACGUACUGCGAAUAUUUGCGCAUGCCCAUUUUUAUACUUACAGCACCAUUCAUGAUAUCUCACUGCGCACAUCAUCGGCCACAAAUCUGCGCUCUCUCAUAGAACAUCUGGCCAAGUGCCCCUACGACGAUAAAGCUAAAACAGAUCUUCUCAACGUUGAUCUCAUUCAAACUCUUUCACAAGGUCUUCGCUCUGACGUUGAUGUCGUGCGAGAAGAGUCGAUUCGAUGUCUUACCUCGCUGGUAGAUCAAUUCCCGAAUCACACCCAUGGUCAGUUGUUACAGCUAAGAAACUCAGAUGAGGACCUCGAUUUCUUCAGCAAUAUUAUUCAUAUUCAACUUCAUCGUCGUCAGCGAGCAGUUCAUCGUCUAGUCGAGCAGUUGAGAGCAGGAAAGGUGGUUAUCUCCUUCGAUGUCCUCAACAAGUAUCUGGUUCCAAUCGCUCAUCCAUACCUAAUCACUACUGACAGCAAAUUGUCAGCUCUAUCUGAUGAAUGUCUUCGACUUCUAAACUAUACCAUGAGUGUAUCCAACUGGUCCAAAUACAUAUCCUGUCUUGAUUCGUGGUUGAAACAUCUGAGCAAGCAAGAAGAUAAUCAGAAGGCUAUCAUAAGAAUCAUCGUGGCGGUUAUAGAAGCUUUUCAUUUCGAGGUUGCGGAUGUUGGCGAGGUUUCGAAUGAGGAGAGCACUAAUGAAUUACGUAUCACAGUUCGUGAUAAACUCAAUAAGGAUACAUUGCCAAUGCUUACUAGAUGCAUAAAUGGAAAGUCGGCAGAACUCGGUGUACAUCGCAAAGCUCGCACAGCAACGACGAAGCACUAUAGUGAAGAUGACGACAUCCAAAGAGCCCCAGUAGCAUUAGCGACGGUCAAGUUAUUGCAGAAAGUACCAGACAGCAUUCGCUCACAGUACUUGCAUGGAGUUGUGCUGAAGCUGUGUUCAUUGAUGAUCUCACGCUCGAUGAAUGUGCGCGAAACAGCUCGUAAAGUCACCGUCCAAGUCUGCGAAUGUCUUGGUCCACGAUAUCUGCCGCUUAUAAUAAAGGAGAUGAAGCUGAUCAUGAAUAAGGGAUUUCAGGUGCAUGUCAUGAUCUAUACGGUACAUACGCUCGUUGCAGCAAUGCGUGAUGUUCUUAGCCCGGGUGAUAUGGAUCCUUGUUUAGAAGAUAUUCUAGAUAUCAUAGUGAAGGAGCAGUUCUCGGUAGUUUCCGAAGAGAAGGAAGUUGGAGCAAUCAAAGCGGAAGUUAGUGAAGCAAAGAAAAAUGCCACGCCUGGAACUAUGUUAUUGCUUGGCCGUUACGUCUCUUCGUCUGCAGUUGGUGUCCUGCUCACACGUUUUAUGACUGUCGUGGACUCUCUGACUUCGUCGAAGAUGAUCGCUAGAGCAAGAAACCUACUUUCUAUGUUUGCAAAUGGCUUGAAAGACAACAAAGGAUUUCUCGCAACUUCACAGCUCAUUCUAAUUCACCAAGUACUUACGACUAAUAUCGAGAAAAUGAAGACCACCUCGGGCAGCGAGAAGGAAACAUCUGAAUUCCCUGAGGAAGAACAUAAAAGCUGUCUCUUAUUACCGCCGGAGCCUAAACGUAUCGGUGUGCUGGUUAAGCCGGUACUGAAAAGCCGUGCUCAUAUUUUUCUCGAAUUCGGCCUACAGCUAUUAGGAGCAUUGAUAACAGGCAAAAACUUCGACCGAAAUGAUACGGAGCACAUUCUACGAUUGGAUCCGUUUGUGCCAUUAGUCACGCAGUGUCUUGAGUUCAAAUAUGAAAAGGUGAUUACAAAUGCACUCCGUUGUUUGAUCGGGAUGCUUCAUCUAUCGCUUCCAUCUUUGCAAAAAUCUCUCAAACAGAUCUCUGAAAGGCUAUUCAUUCUACUCUCUGAAUACUCAGUCCUUGGUAGCGCUGCCAAUAAAGAGUCUGUGCUUGCCCUGAAUCAAUUACUUUGCAAGACAUUCACCCAACUGAUUUCAAUGGGUGACACUCCAUUUUUGACGGAUAAACAUGUUUCUUUGUUGCUGAGCUAUGUGGAAAUGGACGUGCUGGAUACAAAUAGGCAAGCUACGGCUUUCGCUCUAAUCAAAGCGCUUGUGCGAAAGAAGGUUGAGCAUAGCCAGAUUUCUGAUGUUAUGAAGAAAUUACGAGAGCUCUCAAUAACUUCAUCCUAUCCGCAUAUUCGUACUCAGUGCAGGGAGGUGCUAUGCGAAUUCAUCGGCAAUCAUCCUUGUUCCGAUGAUCCACAAAAGCACAUCGAGUGGUUCAUUGCGCAGCUGGCGUACGAACUUGAAGAUGGUCGCCUCAGUGCCGCAGACAUGCUAAAUAGCCUGUUUUCUCGGCUCAAACCCGCGGUGUUGAAUAAUUCUUGCUUCUACAAUAUCUCCAAAAUGGGCCCGAUGCUCUUUAACGAAGAGAGCUUGAAGUGUAGGAAAUUCACUGCUGGAGCUAUCAACAACCUUCUCUCCUCCGUCAGCGAUUCGACUCGUGGAGAUGUUUUUUCUGCUUGCUCGGAUUGGCUUGAGUUGCAAGAAGAAGAGAAGGAGGGUGCACGGUCCAUUGCUGUCGAUUUGCUUGUGCAGAUCAGUAAGAUCGAAAAAGAGGCCUUCGGCCCACGAUUCAGGUUGAUUCUCCCAUCAUUGCGCGCGAUAUUCGUGUCAGAAGCAUUAUGGUCAAAUAAUAGUGAACGCACCAUCUCUGGUAUGUGUUACGGUGUAGCUUCUAUGCUACAAAAUAUGGGAGAAGAGGCACGUGAAGUGUUUGCUCUGGAGGACUUCUGCACACUUUUUGACUCUCUCGAAAAGUUGAUGAAAUGCAACGAAUCGUCAACUAUACGGCUGUCGGCCGCAUGUCUAAUCGGGCAGUGCUUGAGCCACUAUGAUCUAGCUUUCUUUACCUCUGAUCGGGUUUCCCAAGUUAUUGCUUGGUGCUGCUGGCAGUUGCGUGACAAACAAUUGACAGAAGAUGUUGCACUGCAGGCGUCAAAGAUCUUGGUGGUCUUAUCACACCAUCUGACGAAUGAGCAGUUCACAGCUUUGGUGGAAAAGUUGGUGACUAUUUGUCGGUUCGAGAUCUCACGUCAGCCCAAUGUUUCUCUCAAGCGUUGCACCUGCUUCAAAAUGGCUGCCGCUUUGGUCGUACACGAAGAACAUAGCUUCAAAAUUGAUACUGUUGUAGAACAUUUCCUUCCCUUGCUCAAUCGUGAAAUGAACAGGAAGUCAUCUAAAGAUACUGAAGAACUGUUUUCCAUCUCCAUGGAGGUUGGCGAAGUGUUAAAGAAUAAGAUCGGUGAGCAGCGAUACGCUGCUGAGUUGGCAGAGUGUCAAAAAGCUUCUAUUUUGAAAACGGAAGAACGGAAACGCAAAGCAAAGGAGCUGGCCCUGACUAACCCCGAAGAGGCUGCUUUGUUAAAACGAAAGAAGAAUGCGAAAAAGACAGUCUCACGAAAGCGUAAGAUUGAUGUUCUCAAGCCGUACCGAGUGAUAAAUCGGCUUCAUUCCGAGAGAAUGCGGGUUCAAAAUAACGAGGAUGAUUAGAUGCAUGUAGAUUUAUGUGUAAAUUUAUGCCUCUUUUUUGUAUAGUCGAGCAAUGUAUAUUGAGCACAGUUGUUGAAAUGUUUGUUUGCAGUGUCGAGUUAUUUUUUCCUGUUGAGUUUGUUAGAGUACAUAUGGUGCUGUUGCUUAAUCUGUUGUUGUUUGUUGUUGAGUUGUUGUUUGUUAAAGUUCUGAGC